UUGAUACACUCACAGAAACAUCCUGUGGAGGACCUAAUCCUCAAAUCCCAGGUGAAAUUCGACGCUCUAAUCCAGAGACAGUCCAAGAACCUCACUGGCGCGGCAGACGAGUAUCGUCGUCGGUAUCACGUCCAUCCGCCACCAGGCUUCAACGACUGGUACAGAUUUGCGCGUUCCCACCAGUCCCCUAUCAUGGAUGACUUCGAUACCAUCUAUCAGGGUAUCUCGCCGUUCUGGAGACUGAGCGGAAGACAGGUUCUCGACGUCGUGGAUCAGGCGCAACGUGCACCAGGAGCUGACCUGUGGCUCUGUGUCUUUUCAGGUCGUGAGGCUACAACACAAUGUAGCCAUCCCUUUCGCAAGUCGGACAGAGACAUUAAUCACCUAUUCGAUAGCCUCUUGCAUCAACUCCCGGGUGUCCUCCCCGAUGUCAAGUUUUUGGUCAACCACCUGGACGAACCGAGGGUCCUCAUUCCACCACAACCAGCAGAGUCAGAAAGCGCAUAUCAUGAGCAGAGUAAUAACCGUGCUGAUUUCUUUAAUUUAUCCGACAUCUCGGGAAAGACAACCUGGGACACUCUGACAGAAUUUUGCUCUUCUUCGUCUGAACACACAGGUGCAUAUCCCGACGCACACACAGAAACCCCAUCAAUUCUCCCAUUCAUCUCGAAUCUGUCAUCGGCUAUAGACCUCUGUCGCCACCCCGAAUACCGCAGCAUGCACGGUCUGGCCAUUAGCCCGACGAGCUUUCUACCAUUCCAAGGCCCCGUGCCAAUCUUUUCCACCGGCGCACCAUCCACCAUGGCAGAUAUUUUGUACCCCAGCCCGGCAUACCUGCAGCCCGAGUUCCGUUAUAACAACAACAGCGCCCACGACGUCCCUUGGGCACGAAAGCGCAAUCAGCUAUACUGGAUGGGGUCUACUACCGGCGGAUUUGCCGGUCCAGACACUCAAUGGCAGCAUCACCAUCGCCAGCGAUUCGUCCAGCUCGCCCAGAACCUCGACCAGAAGGAUCAUCUCUACCUUCGAGAAAUAGACAAUCACAACGGCGAGGCGACCAUCACCUCCACACAUUCCUCAUUCCUCAACAGCCGUCUCUUCGACGUCGCUUUCACACGCAUCACCCAAUGCUCACCUUCCUCCUGUCGCGCCCAGCGACAAUACUUCACCACACAGUCGUGGGCCGACAAGGACGGCGCACUAGGCUCGCGACUCGUCUUCGAUCUCGACGGAAACGGUAUCAGCGGUCGAUACUACAAGCUUCUGGCCUCACGGUCGACGCCCCUUAAGCAGACUAUAUUCCGUGAGUGGCAUGACGACCGGCUCGUGCCGUGGGUCCACUACAUUCCUGUCAGUCUUGGAAUGGAGGAGCUGCCCGAGCUAGUCUCGUACUUAACUUCGACAACAGCUGGGCAGGCACGGGCGCAGGAAAUCGCGGAGCAGGGUCGGAAAUGGUUCUUUCAGGCUUUGCGUGACGUGGAUAUGACGGUGUAUACGUAUCGGUUACUUUUGGAGUUGGCGAGGAUACAGGAUCCAGAGAGGGAGGCUUGGGAAAUUCCUUGACAGAACCAAUGGCUUUCGGGGGUAUCUGCUAACUUACAUGGCCGCGACAUUUAUAUGUAUAAAUGGAUGGAUCUAUAAGCCCUUUUAUGCAUCAGCCUAUCCAUGCUCUACUAGAACCUGCACUUCAUUCACUACGCAAAAUGCCGUCGUAGUUCUCGCAGCUUUGCUAUCCACCCUAACUCUGGCAUGCGCAUUCUUCGUGAACACCAAGCCCAGUCCCAGCAAGAACCGAAUCUGCUUCUCACGUA